AGACGGCUCCUCUUCCUUCCUUCUAUUGUCCUACCGAGUAUUGAUUCUGUCAUUCAGCAUUUGGCACAAAAGUGCUCUAAAUCAUUUCCUCACUUGUGGUUCUUCACUUGGAGAACUUUCUAACGUUAUCUUCGAAGUGUGCUUUCUCGUGCUCAACACUGCUAUUACUAUAUAUAUAGCUCUGCUGAGCCAUCUCCUUUGAGUGGAGAAGAGAGAGAGAUAGAGAGAGAGAGAGAGAUGGCGGUAGAGUUGCAGAAAAAAGGUAACUUCUACAUGGGAGAAGCACCGGGGAUGAUGGAGAUGGGUAUCAGUAAUAAAAAUUUGGAUGACGAUGGACGCGCAAAGAGGACUGGAACGUUGAUCACCGCAAGUGCUCACAUAAUUACUGCUGUCAUUGGAUCGGGAGUGCUGUCCCUAGCUUGGGCCAUAGCUCAGUUGGGUUGGGUUGCUGGACCUUCUGUUCUCAUCGCCUUCUCUGGCAUCACUUAUUUCACUUCUACACUGCUUGCCGACUGUUACAGAUCUCCCGAUCCUGUUACAGGGAAGAGAAACUAUACCUACAUGGAUGUUGUAAGAGCCCAUCUAGGAGGAAUCAAGAUUCAGCUUUGUGGGUUAGCUCAAUACGUAAAUCUGGUGGGGAUUACAAUCGGAUACACCAUCACUGCAUCCAUCAGUAUGGCGGCUGUCAAAAGGUCUAAUUGUUUCCACACACACGGGCAUCAUACCAAGUGCAACGUAGCCGACUAUCCCUUCAUUAUCAUCUUCGCGAGCAUCCAGAUCGUUCUGUCCCAAAUACCCAAUUUUCACAAGCUCUCUUGGUUGUCCAUCCUCGCGGCUGUGAUGUCUUUUGCUUAUUCUUCAAUAGGCCUCGGUCUCUCUGUAGCCAAAGUUGCAGAGGGAAGCGGUGAUGUGAGGACAAGCUUAACAGGGGUUUUAGUUGGGGUGGAUGUCACCGGCACCGAGAAGGUGUGGAAGACAUUCCAAGCCAUCGGAGACAUUGCUUUUGCCUACGCCUACUCUACCGUCCUCAUUGAGAUUCAGGACACACUAAAAUCAAGUCCCCCGGAGAACAAAGUAAUGAAGAAGGCUUCCUUUAUCGGGGUGUCGACCACAACCCUGUUCUACGUGCUGUGUGGUUGCGUUGGUUAUGCCGCGUUUGGGAAUAAUGCACCCGGAAACUUCCUUACCGGGUUUGGAUUUUAUGAACCCUUUUGGCUCAUUGACUUCGCCAACGUCUGCAUUGCCAUCCAUCUUAUAGGAGCAUACCAGGUAUUCUGUCAACCCGUAUACGGAUUCGUGGAGAAAUGGUGCAACCACCGUUGGCCCGAAAACGGAUUCAUAAGCACAGAAUACGCCAUCAACAUUCCAGCAUAUGGCGCAUAUAAUAUCAACUUCUUUCGGGUGGUGUGGAGGACGGUGUACGUGAUAGUCACGGCCGUGGUGGCCAUGAUUUUCCCCUUCUUCAACGAUUUCUUGGGCCUGCUUGGAGCAGCCUCGUUCUGGCCCUUGACCGUGUACUUUCCAAUAGAGAUGUACAUUGCACAGGCCAAGAUACCCAGGUUUUCCUUCACUUGGACUUGGCUCAAAAUAUUGAGUUGGGCCUGCUUGGUGGUCUCAAUUGUGGCUGCUGCUGGAUCUGUCCAGGGCCUGGCCACUGAUGUCAAGGCUUACAAGCCUUUCAAGACCCAAGGGCACGAAUAACUAACUUUCCUAUCUCUCUCUCUCUCUACUUGUAUUAAUUUGGGUUUGGGAAGUCAAAGCGAUAUGUAUUAUUUCUUUUUAAAAAGAAAAGAACAAUGUCACUCUUCCCUUGACUGAUUCACAACA